AUGGUAGUGGUGCAGGGGGAGGAUGGAAUUAGUGUGUCCUGGGAUCUUGUACCAGCCAGAGACCAGUCUCUGGAAGGAUCUCCAGUCUCCAAAGUUCAUGUGCUCUCCUGGGUGGAGCAAAGGGAAGAGAUGCAGAUCCUGGAUCUCCAAGGAUGUGAGGAAGGGGAAAUCAUCAGUGACACCCACACAGUAGGUGAUGGGAUACUGAAUGACAACAGUGAGAGGAGUCUUCAGGAGGAAGGACCUGAACAAAUGGCUCCAUGUGCGGUGUUAGUGGGAAGAUCUGAAGGGCAUGUUUCUCAGAGUCCUGAGCAAGGAGAGACUUGUGAGAGUCAGUGUAGUCUACAAAGGCAGCAGGGAAACCAUCCAGGAGCAGGACAGGAUAAAUCCAGUCACAGGAGCAGAAGGUUGAAAACAAACACCGAAACUGUUCAAAUGAAAAUCCCCCAUCAACAUUCACCUUGUUCUUGCAGUGACUAUGCAACUCUUAUUAAACAUGAAAGAGCCCACACAGGAGAGAAACCCUUCAGCUGUUCUGAGUGUGGGAAAAGCUUCUGUCACAAGUCACAGCUUGUUAUCCAUAAGAGAGACCACACAGGGGAGAAACCCUUCAGAUGCUCUGACUGUGGGAAAAGAUUCAAUUACCG